GGAAGAGUACAGACCCUGACCCUCUAAGCAUAUAUACACAUACACCUACUUUGAGAUGCUCACGAGACGUCUCUUCUCUGCAUCCACAACAACGCUCAUCAAACGAAUCCGCACGUUUCCCACAACCUCGACCUCGACCUCGACUUCCACCUCAUUCCUUCGUCACAAGCAUACACAUACGCAUACUCGUAGUACAAUGUCCGAACCCGUAUCCCUCACCUUGCCUAACGGACAGACCGUCCAGGUGCCUACCGGGUUGUUCAUUAACAACGAAUUCCACCCCUCCUCAUCCGGCGAGACCUUCCCCAUCCUGAACCCCGCUACCGGCGAGCACCUCUUAGAUUUCCACGCCGCUACGGAAGAGGAUGUCGACAAGGCGGUCGCGGCGGCUAGGAAGGCGUUCAAGACGGUUUGGGGGAGGAACGUGGCUGCUACCGAGAGGGCUAGACUCCUCAACAAACUAGCCGACCUGAUGGAAUCCGACCCCCUCCUCCCGCUCCUCGAAUCCGUCAACGGCGGAAAGGGAGUCCGGAUCGCCAGAGAGGCCGAUCUGGCGGAUAGCGUGGCGUGUUUGAGGUAUUACGCUGGGUUGGCUGAUAAGCCGAACGGCUCGACCAUCGGAGCGUUCGGGACGGAGAAAUUCAUUUACACCGUCCAGGAUCCUAUCGGGGUCUGUGGUCAGAUUAUUCCCUGGAACUACCCUCUGCUGAUGUGGGCUUGGAAAAUCGGACCUGCCAUCGCUGCCGGCUGUACCGUCGUGAUGAAACCCUCCGAACUCACCCCCCUCUCAGCGACCUACGCCUGCAAGCUGAUCAAAGAAGCCGGAUUCCCGCCUGGAGUUAUCAACACCGUCAACGGUACCGGAGCGGUAACGGGGAACGCUAUCGCCAGCCACAUGGAUAUCGAUAAAGUCGCCUUUACCGGGUCGGUGGUCACGGGACGUAGAAUUAGCGUGGCUGCCGCGCAGAGUAAUUUGAAAAAGGUCACCCUGGAGUUGGGUGGAAAGUCCCCCUCGUUGGUGUUCAACUCGGCCGACGUCGACGAAGCCGCCGAAUGGCUCGCCCUCGGGAUCUGGUUCAAUUCGGGUCAAGACUGUUGUGCUGGAUCUCGACUUUACGUACAGUCUGGGAUUUACGACAAGGUCAUCGAGGCGCUCGUCAAAAAGGCCAAGCAGAGCGCGAUCGGGAACCCCGCCGAUGAGGCGACUUCGUUUGGGCCCCUGAUCUCGGCGGCUCAGCGAGACAAGGUCCUCGGUUACAUCGAGGGAGCCAAGAAGGAAGGCGCCAAGAUCGCGACAGGCGGGAAACCAUGGGCCGAGUCCAAGGGGUUCUACGUCGAACCUACGAUCAUCCAGGACGUCAACUCGGACAUGACGUGUGUCAAGGAGGAGAUCUUCGGACCCGUCAUCUCCGUCGGCAAGUUCGAGACGGAAGAAGAAGCGCUCGAACUGGCGAACAACACCAGCUACGGUCUCGCCGCCGCCGUCUUCACCUCGGACGCCAAACAGUCCAUGCGGGUCGCCCACGCUUUGGAAGCUGGUACGGUCUGGGUGAACAGCUACGCGCUCUUGCACGUUCAGGCUCCGUUCGGGGGGUACAAGAUGAGCGGGAUCGGACGAGAGUUGGGCGUGGAGGGUCUAGCGGCUUAUCAGCAGACCAAGGCGGUUCACCAUUCGUUGGAUCAGACCAUGUCGUGGCCCGUAUAAACGUGUGUAGGUAGACACGAAGAGCGAAAAGUUGGAACAAGGUCGCCGAAUUUUUCAUUUCCUUCUCUUGUAUAUGCCGAAUGGAUAUCCGAUCAAAAGAUCAUACAUGAUAUCGGCUUGACAAGCGAUAUACGACAUUACAUUACACGAGUCGGGCAAAUAGAGGCAGGAGGUCCGUAAUCCUCUCCUAGUUGUCCCAUAUGGUCGUUUCAUCCCCCCCAAGGAGUCUAUCCGGU